AUGGACGUUGAAGCGGAGCUUAUGUUCGAUGAUAUCGCGAAGAAUUACGAGGCAAAUUUUGCUGAAGACCCCAGUCUGCAUCGAGUCAUCGACCAAGCCUUGGGCUUACUUUCGCCACACUCCCAAGUUCUAGACGUAGGAUGCGGGACCGGAAAGCCAGUCUCGUAUCGUCUAGCUGAAGCUGGCCACGAUGUCACCGGAAUCGACAUCUCUCAGAACAUGAUCGACAUCGCCACGCGCCAGGUGAAAGCACAGUUCAUCAAGACAGAUAUGACCAAUUACGAGCCGAAGAUGAAGCUCGACGCCAUCUUUGCUAUCUUCUCGCUAUUUAACAUCUCGCGCGCCCAGGUCCAAUACAUGGUAUCUAGGUUUUACGACUGGCUGAAACCAGGUGGUCGGCUUGUUUUGGCUACGAUUCCCAGCGAAUGUCUAUUCCAGGACCCGGGUAUCUAUGAUGAGUCUGGCGAGUGGGUUGAUCAGAAACCGAUGUAUUUUAUGGGACAUAAUUUCUGUGGCUCGGCGGCGACGAAGCGGGGGUGGGAGGAUUUGUUCACCCAGACAGGGUUCGAAGUGGAGGAUCAGUUCUCUUACAAUUUCUCCCCGCCGAGUUUGGAUGCACAUAAGAAGGAUCCUGAUCAUUUGUACUACGUUGUUCGGCGAGGGUGUUGA